ACGCCAUCUUGAAAUUGUCCCGACCAGAGGAGGCGAGGAGGAGACAGACUUGGGAAAAGCAGCUCGUCCUAAACUCGAUAGCUCCAUUAGCCACACGGAUUAACGGCAGCUUUAUGGUUUAUUGCUAACAUCUGAUAGUUAUCCCGCUUGUUCAUCCGAGUCAUUUCGACGGGGGACGGUUGUUUGGCCCACUUUGGAGAGGGCUAACCCACCGGAGGGAGCCUCGUAAUCGGUUGUUUGUUUCCCUGCUGGAGCGGACGGAGCUCCGGUUGUGGCCGGGCAGCCCCGCCGGACUGUCGGACGAAACUGAGGCUUCCACUCGGAAUAUAACCACAGCAAUACAUGAUUUAAACUUCCCGUGGCGGCGGUGGGAGACUAGAAAUGCUGAUUUCACCGCCGCUGGUAACGUUUUAAAGCUAUGCGACGGAGCCUGCCGAGGAGAAGUUUGAUUUGAGAGCGGAGUGCGCUUGAUUUCCAGUCCGAUGGAUGUUAGCCCUGCCCGGCUGUGGCUCGGCUCCCUGCUCCGCUGCUCUCACGGUAACAGGUCAGACACCAACAGACACAGGUGAACACGUCUGUUCAGGACAAUGCUGCACACCUGGCAAGUACAUGACAGCUCCGGCUUGAAUGCCAACAAGUCGCCCUCCAUUGCUUGUCUGUAAACCUGGAAAUACCUCCAACCACCCCUCCUCUUCUUCACCCCUUCCUCCCCCUGUUAUUUUUAUGGACUUGCAUUACCUGGGAUAUUUUGGAUUUCCAUAUUGACAUUUUUAAAGAUGUCCUUUCUGCAGAGACAGUGCUCUCUGGAGCAGCAAGACAUUUAAUUUGACUGAGGCGUUUUUUAGAUAUUUUCUGGGGUGUUUUUGUUUUUUUAUUCUCUUUCUAGACAGAGGAUCAGAUUCGGAUGGAAAAUGGGAGACGCCACCAAACUGGCCUUCGCCGUUUUCCUCAUCUCCUGCUCUUCAGGUGCCAUCCUGGGACGCUCGGAAACGCAGGAGUGUGCCUACUACAACUCCAGCUGGGAAAAGGAGCGCACCAACCGCAGUGGCAUCGAGCCCUGCUAUGGCGAGAAAGACAAGCGGCGGCACUGCUUCGCCACGUGGAAGAACGUCUCGGGGACAGUGGAGGUCGUCAAGCAAGGCUGCUGGCUGGACGACGUCAACUGCUACGACAGUAACGAGUGUGUGGAGAGGAAGGAGAGUCCAGACGUUUUCUUCUGCUGCUGUGAAGGCAACAUGUGCAACGAGAGGUUCCUGUACGCCCCUGAAGCGCCGCAGAGCGACCCACACCAUUCAACCGCCUACACCACCUCCAACCCAUUUUCCCAGAAGCCCAAGCUCUUCAGCACUCUGCUUUACUCCCUGGUUCCCAUCAUAGGCCUGGCCGCGGUCGUCCUCUUCUCGUUCUGGAUGUGGAGACACCACAAACUGGCCUACCCGGCGGCCCUCGUCCCGACACAUCACGCCUUUCACAUUAUGGUGGAGGAUCCCGGGCCGUCACCCCCGUCCCCUAUUUUGGGGCACAAGCCGCUGCAGCUGAUCGAGGUGAAAGCCAGAGGGCGCUUUGGGUGUGUGUGGAAGGCGCAGCUGCUGAACGAAUUUGUCGCCGUUAAGAUCUUCCCCAUUCAGGACAAGCUCUCUUGGCAGAACGAGUAUGAGAUUUUCAGCGUGAGCGGCAUGAAGCACGACAACAUCCUCCACUUUAUCGGCGCAGAGAAGAGGAACAACAACCUGGACCUGGAGCUGUGGCUCAUCACCGCCUACCACGACAAGGGCUCGAUGACAGACUACCUGAAGGCCAACGUGGUGUCGUGGAACGAGCUCUGCCACAUCAGUCAGACGGCAGCCCGCGGCCUCGCGUACCUCCAUGAAGACAUCCCGGGACACAAGGACGGACACAAGCCCUCCAUCGCUCACAGGGACAUUAAGAGUAAGAACGUGCUGCUGAAGAAUAAUCUGACAGCCUGCAUAGCUGACUUCGGCCUUGCCCUGAAGUUUGAGGCGGGGAAAUCUGCGGGGGACACACACGGACAGGUGGGGACGCGGCGCUACAUGGCUCCUGAGGUCCUGGAGGGAGCCAUCAACUUCCAGCGCGACUCCUUCCUGCGUAUCGACAUGUACGCGUUCGGCCUCGUCCUCUGGGAGCUGGCGGCGCGAUGCACUGCCGCUGAUGGCCCAGUGGACGAGUACAUGCUCCCGUUUGAGGAGGAGGUGGGUCAGCAUCCGUCUCUGGAGGACAUGCAGGAGGUCGUGGUUCAUAAGAAGCUGCGGCCCGUUCUGCGAGACUGCUGGCAGAAACAUCCGGGUCUGGCCAUGCUCUGCGAAACCAUCGAGGACUGCUGGGACCACGAGGCCGAGGCUCGCCUGUCUGCCGGCUGCGUCGAGGAGCGCAUCGGUCAAAUGCAGCGCCAAGCCCCCGUCAUCGGCCCCGAGGAGAUCGUCACCGUCGUCACCAUGGUGACCAACGUGGACCUCCCGCCCAAGGAGUCCAGCUUAUGAUCGGCCGGCCGACCGUCCGCCGCCGGAUGAGCCAGCAGAAACACGGAUCAACACGAGGGGGAUGAGCAGCCGACCCUGGUUGGUUGGCGUUGUGUUUUUUUUUUUUCUGUUGUUGUUGUUCCUUCUUUCCGUUUUUAUCUCCUUUUUGUUUUUUUCUUUUAAGUGCGGGCCGCUACUCUCGUUCAGGAAACCCCCUGCGCCCACCUCACCACAUCGGUCGAUAUCCACCUCAUUUUGAUAUGUGUGCCUGAGGAUUUUAACAUUUUAAAAACAACUCUCUCAUCCCGAGCAAAACGAUUCAGGAUUAACGACAGUGACAGUGCUGACAUGCUGGGACGACGACGACACUCAACACUUUUAUCAUGUAUUGUUUUUUUAUACAUACACACACACACACACACACACACACACACACACAGGAGGGCGACCUGUUGUGCUCGGUUUUUCUACGGAGAGAGAAGACCCGGCGGAGAAAUCUCACAGUGCAUUUUAGUGUAAAAAACAAAACAGAAAAAAAAGAAAAAAGACGAGCACCUGGCUCUCUACAUUUGCUGUUUUCUCGUGUGCGUUUUUUCUGAAGAAACGACUAUCGUUCUGCCAAUAAGCAACGGCUUCUGAAUGUUUAUAGUGUAAUGCUGCUGUACAUAGUGUAUUAUGGACCCAGACAACUUGGUAAUCAAGCUUAUUUUAAAGGGGUGAGGGGGAAGGGGGGAGGGGGGGGUCCAUUUUCAAGCAUUACGACGAUUUAAAAAAAACCACAAACCUCCUUCAACCAGGUAUACCUCAGUUCAGAUGGACACAGUUUAAAUUAGUCCCUCUCCCUGUAUCACAGUCAUAGCUCACAACCUCGGCUCUCCAUGACACCCAAACAACCUGCUGUCAGCCGUGACGCUCAUGGGUAAUGUAGUCAGCAAAGCCUCGAUACACAUGGCCAUACACACACCAAGUGUUUCUCCCUUUUUCCUCCCCUUUCUCAGUCUUUAUGAUUUCACGACUGAAUAAUAAUCCUUGUUGUUGUUUAUUUCUCUUCUGAUAAUGGGAAGAAAAAAAAAAGCGUCCCCCCCCCCCUCCAUGAUGAAGUUGUCUUUUAAAGUUUCCGUUUUUGGUUUGCCGUGUCAACUGUCAACGGAGUAAUAAUACCUAUCGCUGACAAGACUCAUUUUGGCCGUGAGAUCUGGAUAUACAGAAUAUUUGUAUUUAUAUCUCUCUGGAUUAGCGCUGGGUACCGACUAACUCAAUUCACACACAUGCUGCGAGGUCGUCAAACUCUUUUGUGAAAAAGCAGAUUAACAAGUAGAUCACCUGACAUGUUUAUUUUAGGAGAUUUGAAGUGCAGUUUUUUCCCGGUGGUACCCAGCCCUGAUUCGGAUUUAUACCUGUAUUUAGCUGAGCCAGCUUGCUUUUGAUUUGAUUGCACACAUCUCUUUUUUUUUGGAUUACUAUCAAGAGUUUCUGCUCUCUUUUGAUACACCUCAGGAAUCUUUGCUACUCACCACCUCCUCACAUCCUCCUCUUCCUCAUCCACACCUGUCUCAGACUGGAGUACCUCCUCUCUCUUGCUGAUUCUCACGCUUCCUCUUUCUCUCUUCCUCGCCUCGUCUCGACUUGUGACGGUUUAGCCGUGCUCUCAUGCUCGAAAACAGUCUGUAAUCAGCUUUUAAUUGAACCUUGCCCGUCUCUUUACAGGUGUUUAUUUAAUUCUGUGACUGAGAGCAGGUUAGCUGCAGCAGGUGUUUCCACGCACCUGUUUUUAUGCACAUUUUCAAUUUGCACAUACAAAAACGUGAGCAGAAAAGCCAAGAAUUGGAUUGCAGUUGCUUGGGAAGGUGGAAAAGUUGGUGUAUUGUAACGUUAACAGGUAAAUGCAGCUAAAUACAAUGGAAACAGAUUCAGCUAAUAGAUAAUAAAUGAUGACGUAGCAUCAUUCGUCUUAAAGAACCAACUCCCAAUAUUAGCAUAACUGUAGUGGAUGGAAACCCAACUAGUGUUUCCACUUUUGUAAACUAAAAUGUCGGCCCAACAUUACUCCACACGACUUAUUUUCCUCAUGUGAUCGAUUGAUUCGUCGAUUGAGAAGUAAAUUAAUUGGCAGCUUCGUUAAUAACUGAAUACUUUUUUUAGUAAUUUCAAAUUUUUUAAGCAAUAAAACCAAAUGUUUGCUGGUUUUGUGCUUCUUAAAUGCAAGAAUUUAACGCUUUCCUUUGUGAUAUGACAAUAAAAUUAAUGGCUUUGGUUUUUUUUGACUGUUUGUCGGAUAAAACACCACUUGAAAACGUCACUUUGGGCUUGUGACAAAACGAUUUACCUGUUCAUCAACAAAAUCAUGACAGAUGAAUUGAUAAUGAAAAUAAUCAUUAGUUGCGGCUUAAACUCCGGUCUAAUCUCUUAAAGUAACUACGAUAUUCAAGUACUCAAAUUAUUAAAGAGUACUCUGAAAUAAAAUAUUAACGCAAGAACAGGAAUUUAAACUUAUUUAUUGAACGAUCAGGCUUCAUUGAGCUGAUUAAACCAUGAAUUCAAAGUAAACAUAAGAGAAAAACCAGCAAACUUUCUGUUGCUGCUGUUACGCAGGUGAGACGCAGCACUGACGGACCCUCUCCAGAGCUGCUCUCGUCGUCAGUUUAACGUCUGAGCUAAUUCAACAGCAGUGGCUAACAUCCAACACUGAGUUUUUUAACAGUCCCAACAAACUGACACCAACACUGCUCGACUCUCUCGUUAAACCCGUUAACCCUGUGAAGCUAACAGUUAGCUCUGCAGCAGCCGUCUUACGAUAAACAGAGUGACAGCGAGAAAAGAAGGCUCUGAGCGAAGCAAUAGAUUACACGCAGCUGCACAACGAACUAAGAUUUUACCUAUUUUAAAUAGUAUAUUAAAUAAAAUAAAAAUCACGUUCACAUGUAGGAGAUUGAACGGAUACUGACGUCUAAAUCAAAAUGUCGAUGUCCUCCUUCAGAGUUAGAUGCAACUUGCUCUUCAGAUUCAACAGUUUUCACAAAAUCAGUAAAAUAAAAAAGAUAAUCUGCCGCUCAGGUGCAGUUUUAUCUUCCCCACGCAGAGCUGAAAUUAGUGUCAGCGUGGCUAACUGCAGUCAGACGAGUCGAGACGAGGCCUCUCUCUUUCUUCUCUUUCAUCCUGGUGCCAUUUUUACGUAUCCACAUUAGUUACUCUUGUAGAUGUCAGGCAAAACGGAUGUAUCUGUCGUUGUUGCGAAGGCAACAGCGACAUUUUUGAGUCUUUAUUUCUUCUGAGGGACAUUGAACACUGGUGCCGGCAGACCUGCAGUCUCUCCUCAAGCUUUGGGACGGUUUCACAGGAGGCAGUUUAAAAUCAAGCGUUUUAAAAUCAAGCGCUGCGUUUGGAAAUGAGUAAAACAUGAAGAAAGCUUCUUUCUACAGAACCAUUUCACAUUCAGGGUGAUUCAUAAUUAUGAGUUCUUUUUAACAGGGUUAGCAUUUUAAGCUAACGUUGUACUGUAGUACAUGAUGAAAUAAGAGCAAAGGAACAUGAAAUUGAUUUGUGAUUAUUCUGGACAGGGGAGUCAAAGCAAAUCCUCAUUCUGCACAGCAAACAUCAAGUCUAUAAUUGAGCUAAAUAUUUGUUGAGCACUUACAUGUACCCCAACUACUCUGCCAUACAUGCUGUAUUAGUUCCAGUUUUGUAACAACAGUAUUUUUCAGACUUUACAGGGCCAAACUAGACGAAAACUAACAGCUGAUGUGACGAACAAAAGGCAGUUUACCACCAAAUAUCACAGGAACUAUAAGAGCUCAAACAAAAGUUCCUUGUUUGCUUCCUGCUCGACCUCUGAAAGACGAGACGAGACUACUGCAACAACACAGCAAACCUGAAGGAAGUCAAAGCCAUCUUGUUAUUUGUAGCACGAGUUCAAUAUUUGCAUCAAUAUUGCUUCCUUUUGCUGCUGCUGUUUUUUGUUUCCGAUUCAGAACAGCCAUCGUCGAAGGUCCUCGUGAAGCGUAAACAGUCAGGGACGAUCAGUACUGCAAACUCCAGCAGCCCUUCAAUAAGCACUACCUCACUCGCAGGGAUCUCUUCGGGGUAGAAAGUGUGGCAAAUAAACCAAAAUCAUCACAAGGUUCUUUUUUUAAUUUUAAAAUGUAAAAAAUUCCUUCAAAAAGUUCUGGUUUGGGGGGGAUUAUUUCUUGGAGUAAACUCCCGUAUUUCCUGUCAAGUUCGAGACUGACAAGAUGGAAAAUAAGGCUAAAAAGAGGUGUCAUAAUUUUUACCAUGAUGCUUUAUCUUUUGUGAAGAUUUUCUGUUAGGCCCUGAUCAGACAGAGCAUGUUUUGGCAGCGUUUUGCUUACUGCUUUUGCACUACUUUUGGAGGACGCCUCGAGUUGAAAAAAGAAUUUUACUCAGAACGGAAAAGCGCCGGACGUCACUGCCGUUUUUUACCAUUGACCGAUCAGAUGAAUUAAGAGGUGGUAAAGUACAUGGUUUGUGCUAAGCUAUCAACUCAUGUUCAUUGCGCCCUGCCAGGCAAAAUCCAAGAUAUAACUGAACAAACUGUAGCCUCGACUACUUUCUAACGUUGUACCAACUGUAAUUAGGCCCGACGAUUCACAGCCAAUAGCCAGACUGUCCCGACUCAUCCUAAAAUAAGCCUCAAACCAGCCAUGAUCCAGGAAGCUCCUGGACUUGCUGGUUGGACUUCCAAUGAUUUCUCCUCUGUCUGAGGAUCCCAUGAUGAAGCUUUGAUUCGUCCCAAAAGAUCAGAUCUGACCCUAUGUGAAUCUGCAGUUUCCAAGCCUGAACCACGGCAGCAGACAAUUAAAAACCCCGGUUCCUCAACACCUGACACAGACCUUGCUGACCUGGGCGACAUCCAAGGCCGAUAUGACUCUUGCAUUUGCGUUUUCAGUCAUUCUGAGGUAGGCUAGCAGCAUUAAGAACCUCGUCUAAGGGUCCACACUGGAUAUGUGUUGCCCCGCCCUGACCGGGAGUCGAACCCUGAUCUUGCGCUCCAAAGUUAGUCAAAAUCAGUCUCUGUCUGAUCGGGGCAGGCUUCAACAAAAAAGGCAGUGGAGUGCGCCUCGAUCUGGAAGACAAUUUGAUAACCAGCGAUAACGCAAAGGAAAAACACCAGUAUUACCACUUGUGUCCCCGAGUUUGUGUCCAAAAUUGUAAAACUCAUCAGUAUUUCUGCAGCCAAGUACAUCUUAAAAACAGCCUCCAAAUGUUGGUUGCCAAAUUGGUUGAUAGAGUCGACGAACUUGUCAGCCACAGCAAAAAAAAAACAGUGUCAGCGUUUGGUUGGCGGUCACCUCCCAGUACUGUAGGUAGACGGUGGAACAUCUUCAGUGUUAAACAGCUUGAGUUUAAACGUGCGCCUGAGAAACCGACCCAAACCGACAAAUACCAUUCAGGGAUUCAGUACUAUGCUUUUCUAAGUUCUAGCAAGUUAUAUGCAACCAGUGCCGCAAAUUACCCUACACCUCUGUAGGAUCAGCUGCAGGAGUGACUUUCAAUAUACACACACACAAAUAACUUGUAGCAUUUUAAUUUUUUUUUUUUUUUCUUUUUUUAAUCCGUGACCUUGCAUAUUGAUAUGUUGUAUUUAUUUUUUAAUUUACAGGCCUGAGGUUUUGGGGAUCGGAGCUCAGGUGCAACUCGGAAUAAAGUUGUAAGAGUUGGCACGAUUUAUGGUUGUUGUUGUUGUUGUUAGGGGGGGUUGGGGGGUGGGUGUUCAGUUGUAAUUCAGGAAAUACUUUCAUUAAUUCAAAAAGAAAAGAUAUAAACUGUAACGUGCUUCUUUCUAUUCAGUCUAUGGACAAAAACGACCGAGAAUGAAUGUUCUUCAGACUCCUGGAUUCCAGUAUUGUGUGUACUUUGGUGGAUUGAGCCCGGCCCUGUGUAACUUUAGGGGGCUCUGGGUUUGGCUGGUUUCGUGUGAUUGUGCCCUGUCGCCGUAGAAACUAGUAAAGCCGAUGCACUCUGAGAUCCAUUCAUGCGCCUUUCGGUUCAGCCUGCUGAAGACGUGAACCAGUACCUGCUCUAAGGGCAAUCAACUAGCAGGUUAAUCUUAUGGUCCAACCAGAGAGACAGAACAGUACAGGCAAAUUUUGUGCUUUAUUUUGUUGUGGUAUAGUUUGGAUUUUUUUAAGUGAGGUUCUGUGAGGUACUUACUCAUCGUCAGUGUAUUACCUACAGUAGAUGUCAGUCGGCACGCCCCAGUUUGUAGAAGCAGGCAGUACCGACACGGUAAGACAUAUUUUAGCCACCUAAAAAUCAAUAUCAGUUUAAGUGUACGCUACUUUUAGAGAGUCAUAGUUACUCACGCCAUCUUAUCUUGUGCUUCUCCGCGCCAAAAGCCAACACGACCUUUGCACAAGACUCAAUAAACGCACUUAACUGCAUCCUGUAGAGUUCCUAACAUUCGGCCCACCCCUCAGGUGAAUACCCCAGGCACCGUGAGGAUACUACCCUGAUGCAGGUAGUGGGUCUUGCUGAAGCAAUGUCAUUGGGAAUGACUGUCCUUGGGUCUUCCCUUCUAGACCCAAGGACAGUCGGGACCGUUACCACAAGCUUGACACACCCACUUGCACGCCAGUGCUCUUGGGUCCAACUAACUAAGACAUCUGGUCCGUUAUAUAUCCUCCGAACGUAGGGUCUGGAGUUAAGGUAAAACACCCUACCCUCCAAGUUGACUCUAGAUCCAGAGUCUGGGAACGAUGGUGAAUUACGCCGUGGGCGGGUGCUACAUGACGGCCACUCAAAGCAGCAGUAAAAUGUAUUUUAGACACCUAAAAAAUCAAUAUCAGAUUAAGUGUAUGCGAUAUUUUCACCUCUUAACCGUUCUGUCAGACAGCGAUUUCCACAGGGGAGCCAAAGCUGUUACAUCAUGUCCCAUGUUAAAUCACUGUUUUUGUCAAUGGAGUCUGGUGAUGCAACAGCUUUUAGUACAUUGCUUAGCUUCUGUGUCUGAAACUGCUGUUUCUCCAAACUAGGGGUGUGCCGACACGUUUUUGCGGUAUGUAAUACACUGACGAUGGAUAAAUACCUCGUACAACCCCACUUCAAAAGAUCCAAACUAUUCCUUUAAUUGUAAAGCUCCCAGGUAGGAUUUGAACUUCACAGUCCUACUGUACCAAAAUAAGGGACAACUUUUGCUUCUGGCCAACGUAAGCUCCAAGUGAGUCCAUGCUCUGUUGGUCUUCGUCUAAAACGCUUGCCUUAGGCGAUUGGAGACAAUCUUGGCAACCAUUUUGUCAUUCCAAUCAAACCUUGUUGCUUCCCCACUAUCUUAGUAAAACUAUUCGGACUCAGCUCAAUCUAAACAUGGUCCUGACAUUGUUGUUUUAAAGGCGCAUGAAUGGGUUUCCUCAGCGUGCAGGCUUUACGUUUUUCUACCUCGACUUCCUCUAGCCCAGCACCUCACAUUGCUGUGCAUAUAAACUACCAGUGAAACAUUUGUGUCUUGUUGCCCCCACUAUUUUAAGCAGUCUAGGAUCUGUACAGACAUGAGAACAUAAAUACCUGUAUCAACUAUAUACUCUGAGCUGAAUCUUUAUAAGUGCGUGUUGAACUUCAGUGUUUCCUCUACAUUCAUUUAUACUUUUCUUGUGUUUUGACUGCAGCCAGGCUCGACCCGGCUGCUUAAAAACUCCUCCUUCACGAUGCGGAAAAUGACUUUAAGUUGAGCUUUGUGUAAGCUAAAAGCUAGAGGCUCAUUGGAGUACUUUGUAAGGCAUCCAAGAAAGCACUUAAGGGUUCCUUGGCAGAACAAAACUACUAGGGCGUCCCACAGGGCGCCCACUCGGGUCCCCUCACAGUUGAAAUUUGAAGACUCCCUAAAGCUCUUGAAGAUCAGUUGCAAUACUCCACAUGUGAAAAUGCAAUCACCCACUACAGGUAUUUCAUUCCAGCAUCUCAAUCUCCUCCUUUUCCCACUGUUGAUAAGAAUUUUAGAGGAAACAUUGAACUCCAAUGACCUCGCCGCCAAGACUGUCCCGUCUGGUGGCCAGGCCCUGAAAUUUCUACAGAAAAUCCAAAAACACUACAAGCGUUUUUGACCCCACAUUUCUCAAGGCUCUCGAGUUGCAGCGCUGAUCCAGGAUCUGCCAACGCGGCCUCUGACGACGAUGAUGCUCACAUGGUUUCUGUUUUUUGUUUUUUUUAAGGCUGGAAGAAACUGAUCAUUUUUAAUUUGGUCACGAAGCUUCAGUGGGUUGUGUAAAAUAAAAUUGUUGUUUCUUUACUCCUGAUACAUGUGACUGUACAUUUUGUGUUACUGACUAAAAGAUGUGAAAGUAGGACAGGAAACGGAAGACUGGAAUUUGAAACUGGAAGCAUCCCGCUAGAGUGAGUUUUUACCAGCUGCAGGGGUUUUCACGCCGACCUCUGAUCUCUCAGUGAAUUAGAGGAAAGUAUUAUAGCAGAGAAACCCUCCAGAAACCUUGGAUACAUCAUCACAGAGGAGACUAAACUGAUCCCUGAUCAGCGUUGUGACUCGGCCGUGGUUUUUAUCAGCUGAAGUGAUCCACGUGAUGUAAAUAAAUGUGUUUUUAGAUUGUG